AUGGCUGGCGUUAACAACCACCAAAUCCCGGAGCACGUGGCGAAGAACCAUGGAACACCGAUGGACUACGCACCGUACCACCCGUUGGACGGUCAGUUCGCCUCCGUAACGGAAGAUGGCCAAGAGGGGCAAAACGUGCAUGACGAGCCCUACAACCUAGAAGAACCGCAUAUCCCUGUGGCAACCCCGCCACAGGCGACUCCUGCAGCGGCUAUCCCUCCGGGCGUUCCCAUGCAGGAUAUGAUGGCUGCGCUGAACCAGCGAUUCGAGCAGCAAAAUCAAAGGCUCGAGCAACAAAGCCGUCGCAUCGACGCAAUUGCUGAAUCAAGGGUAACGGCGCAAGCUCGCCCAGCUCGCCGUUCACCCACACCUGUGAGGAGCAGAACCUACUCCAGGUCACGCUCACCACCUCGCCGUAGGAGCGAGAGGAGGUCGAGCCCGAGGAGAAACGAGGCAACAUCUCGAAACUCCACCCCACCGAGGAGACAUUCCCCUAGAAGGGACAACCCUCCUCGCCGCCAAAGGAAUCGAUCCCCAGAAGAAAGGGACAGCCACCAAGGCCCCCUCUCCCGAAGGAUCCGAGAACUCCCUCUACCGGUCGGUCUCGAGAAACCACCGGCGAUGGAUACCUACGAUGGCUCGACAGAUCCAGACGAGCACAUAGAGAAUCUGGAAGCUCUCCUCGAGUACAGAAAUAGCUUGGCGCCAGGAUCCGUAGACUCCUGGUCGGACCUAUGCGCCCGCUUCCGGGCUCACUUCACUUCUUCGAGGCGUCAUCCAAAAACUGAAGCAACCCUCGAAGCCAUCAUUCAAGGUGAAACCGAGCCCCUAAGGUCCUACCUCGAACGGUUCAACAAAGCAGCCGUAGAGGUAAAGGUCGUGGAGAGCAUGAAGCUGUAUCUCCUCGACAGGGGACUACGUCGGGACAGCAACUUUGCUAAAGCUGUCGGUAUCGAAGAGCCGAAGACGUUAGAUGCAUUCUUCGAAAAGGCAAAGAAAUACAUCGCCUACGAGGAGAAACAGAAGGCCAUAGAUCUAAGGAGGCCUAAAAGUCAAGAAAAACCGAGGACUCAAGAGAAGAUUGGAUGA